AUGUCGCGGUGGUUUACGCAGUCACAGCGGCGACUGCUAGAGCUGGAAAACGGGCCCUCUCCCUUCACAACACGCACUUUAUCAACGUUAUCUUCGUUGAACGACGGCCGAAAAUGUUCCAAUCUGAAAAACUGUCGGAGGGUAUGUACUGGAGAGUUUAGCCAGCAGUGUGUACUCUUUUCAUUCUAUGAUGUACUUCAUUGUUUAUUUUGUCUUUUUCAGGGUUGGUAUGAAGAAGCGUUAAUACAAUUUGAAAAAAUCAAGGAUACAGAUUUUCAAGCUAUGUACCAGCUUGGUGUAAUGCAUUAUGACGGACUAGGCACUAAAGAAGACCCGGAAAAGGGAGUGGAAUACAUGAGGAAAAUAAUCAACUCUGAUUCCCCAAAAGCAAGACACUUGAAGUUUGCAGCUGCAUACAAUCUUGGCAGAGCUUAUUAUGAAGGAUGUGGUGUUAAGCAGUCAACUGAAGAAGCUGAAAGAUUAUGGCUUAUUGCUGCCGAUGAUGGGAAUCCAAAAGCAAGUGUAAAGGCCCAGAGUACUUUAGGAAUGCUUUACUCUAUGCCAGUUCUAAAAGAUCUGGAAAAGGCCUUUUUCUGGCAUUCAGAAGCAUGCGCCAAUGGAAAUCUGGAAUCACAAGGUGCACUGGGUGUUAUGUAUCUCUAUGGACAAGGUGUACGUCAAAACACUAAGGCUGGUGUGGAGUGUUUGAAGCAAGCAGCAGAACGUGGAAACAUCUAUGCUCAAGGCCAUCUUGUGGAAUAUUAUUAUAAGAGAAAAUUUUACUCAACAGCUGUCGCAGUAGCCAAAAGGAUUCCAGAAAAUGUUAACGUUGAUAUGCUAGCAAAGAUAACUGAUUGUCUUCCUGUAUAUGUAGCCAAAGGGGUUGCUAUGGCUGCUUUCUACUUUGCUAGAUGUCUCCAGCUUGGCCUAGGCACACAACAAGAUCAAGCUGCUGCUAAAAAAUACUAUUCUAGGGCAUGCCUUCUGGAUCCUGAUGUUGCUUCUGACCUUGAACUGAAAGCUAAUCUUGGGAGAAUUUAGUGUUUCCUUUAGUUAUGGCUGGUGCAUAAACAUGUUUCCUACAAUAAGCCAUCUGUAAUCAGCAGUUAUAGACUGGUCAUCCUUUACUGCUUGGUUUUCAACUUCCUAUAAAUUAUUACAUAAAACAAUUUGGUGAUAUUUUAUUUUUAAAAAGACAAAAAGCGCACAGUCUCACUUUAACUGAGAGGUAGCAAAGGCAGACUUUUUAAAAUUGGUAUUGAAGACUUCAGGUACAUGAAGGACACUUUACUGCAAUCCACUCCCUGUGUUUUCUUAAUGAAACACUGCUCUAUAGUAUAUAAAUCAAACUGAAACCAAAUAACUAUUUCCUUUUCCUCAUUUUUAAUAUAUAAAUAUUAAAUACAAUAUUUCUGAAAUGCUUGAACCCUAACAUGUCUGGUUUUCAUGUACAGUCCAUUCUCACAUCAUGGCUUUAUGCUAAAUACCAUUUUUAAAUGUCAUCUUUGCUAGUGGUGUAUAUACUUGCUCGCACAUGCUUUUCUAAUGCAUUCUAAUCUGGAAUCUACUAGUGUCCUAAUAUUUUGUACCUUUAGACUGCAGAUUCAGGGUUGGAAACUAGCCUGUAUGACACUAAGCUUUACCAUUCAAACCAUGCCAAUUUCUAGUACUGGAAAAUCCUAUUUACAGAACUAACUAUAGGAAAAAAAAAAAACAACCAUUCAGUAUGGAAGCAUUAGGGAAUAUAUCUUCAGCUCCAGGCCUGUUCUUCUCGGUCCUUCUUCAUUUUGCACUUACACUACCUCUUUUUGUUUUAAAAAUAGUUGAAAAAUUUUUGGUCAGGAGUAUGUAUGUCUGAGCAAUGGUAUGCUGAAUCUUUUUAUCAGAAGAUACUUCAAGUAAUAAAUUUUACGGCUUGCUAUGGCAAGCUUACACAAUUCUUAUUAUUUAUUUACUUAUAAAAGCUUCAUGUGUGUAGGAAAAUUUGACUAGCUGCUUAGGACUGUUCUGUGACGUGAAAAGUUUAUGGCUCUAUUGCAGGAGAAGGCUAGCGGUUAUUAAUAACCUGGAUUUCAAAACAGUACGUGGAUUUUAUUUGUGUAACUUGAACUAUACCAGUCUCACCUGCAAUUUAAAAAGAAAAUAAUGAUUGUCACCUAUGGAUGUUGAUGAUAUUUAAUUAUUUAGAUGUGCAUUUUGACCAAUAUUUACAUAUUUUUUACAUAAAUUAAAAAACACUGAAGACUACUUUUUCCCCUUCCUUUGUAUAAAAUAAGGGAAAGAUUUGAAGGUUGUUCCCAAAUAGGAUAUUUGAAUAAAACAGCCCUGAAUAAUAUCAGGGGUGCAGUUACAAUGGUUUAAUUAAAUGUCUACUUAAUCAUUCAUAGAAGCAAUUCGUAAGCACUAACCUUGGAACAAACAUUUAACACAGGCAUUCUGGUAUGACAUACCAGUUUACAAUACAUUUUUUGGACGCAGACUUCAAAGUAACGUAAGUAUUCCUUAAGAAACUAGGGCUGUCAAACACAUUCAUUAGUUGUUAGUACAGCCUAAUUAUCAAGUACUGAAAUCCAGUUUUGUUAUUUAUUGCUUACAAAUGCUUCAACAUAUGGGAAAUCUUUGGUAAAAACAAAAUUGAUAAAAUUUUCACAAUAGCUUUACAUGUAGUAUUGCACAACAAGGCUUUUUCAAAACA